AUGCCUGUGGUAGCAGUGGCAGUUCCGAAUCCGGAGCCCGAACGUGCUGGGGCUGUUCAUGCAUAUGUUGGUCCUGUUGUUCCUGAUUUUGAAUGCGAUGCCGGACCGGAUCGGGUUGAGAAUGCACUGUUUGACGAUGAUUUGGAUGAGGAGCCUGUCGAUAUUGGUGGGGACAGUGAUGAUGAUAUUCCAAGAGGCGGACGUUCAGCCCAUGGAUGUUCCGGUUCUGCAACACAGGAGUACCCUCCCCACCUCUCUUGUUUGAACUUGGAAGCCAUCGGCCAACAGCAGAAUGCUGAUGCAACAUUCGAUGGGCAGGGGAUGCAUGAUGGGAGAAAUAUGUCUGAAUUUCAGAUUGGCCAAUCCUUCCAGAGUAAAGAGGAAGCCGUGUUGAGUGUGAAGGAUUACAGUACUCGGCGUGGAGUUGAGUACAAGGUUAUGGAGUCCGACAACCUGAAAUACCAAAGGAGAUGCAAGGAGUUUGGUAACGGGUGCACGUGGUUGAUUCGGAUAGUCAUGCGGAAAAGGAAAAGCACAUGGGAGGUUAGGAGGUACAACGGUCCGCACACGUGUAUGGCCACAUUGAUAUCAAGCGACCACAAGCAGCUUGAUUAUCAUGUUAUCUGUGCGAGAAUCUAUCCAUUGGUUCGAGCUGAUGCGUCGGUGUCUAUUAAGGUGUUGCAAGAGGCAACGGAGGCGACUUAUGGAUUCAUGCCUAGUUAUCGGAAGGUGUGGUUGGCGAAGCAGAAGGCAGUAGCGCAAAUAUAUGGCGAUUGGGAGGAGUCAUAUGCUGAUCUGCCUCGGUGGAUCCUUGGGGUCACAUCCACGAUGGAAGGUUCGAUUGCUCUACUGAAGACGUCCCCGGUUAGGGUGGGUGACCAAGUUGACGAGGAUAGAGUCUUCUUUCAUCGGAUGUUCUGGAUGUUUCCUCCGUGUAUUCAGGCUUUCCGCCACUGUAAGCCGCUGAUAAGCAUCGAUGGCACACACCUGUAUGGAAAAUAUGGCGGGACGUUGUUGUUGGCGAUCGCACAGGAUGGUAACUCGAACAUUUUUCCUGUUGGGUUUGCACUCGUGGAGGGAGAGAACGCAGAGUCUUGGUCGUACUUUCUUUCGAACCUUAGAAGGCAUGUCACUCCACAGCAAGGUAUUCUCGUGAUCUCUGACAGACACAACGGCAUCAAGGCUGCAUUAGAGAGCCCCGAUAGUGGUUGGCAACCCCCCCAUGCUUAUCGGGCAUUUUGUAUUCGGCAUGUUGCUGCAAAUUUUGCCCUCACUUUCAAGGGGUAG